GGGGGCGGGGCCACGGAGUGGGCGUGGCCGGAAAGUGGGCCGAGGGGCCGAUCCCGGUGGACAAAAGCCGGCGGCGAAGCCUGCGGGACUGCGCUGCGGUUCCUGCGGAGGCGGUGUCAGGAGCCCGGACGGCGUGUGCCCGCGCGGACUAAGGACAGAGACCGCGCUCGGCGAGUCUGCAGGAGCGAGGGCCGGCGACUGCACGUUGCGAGGGUUUACGGAAGUCAAAAUGUCUCAAAAAAUCCGUGGCGGUUCUGUGGUAGAGAUGCAAGGAGAUGAAAUGACACGAAUCAUCUGGGAGUUGAUUAAAGAGAAACUCAUUUUUCCCCACGUGGAGCUGGACUUGCACAGCUAUGAUUUAGGCAUAGAGAAUCGAGAUGCCACCAAUGACCAGGUCACUAAGGAUGCCGCAGAAGCCAUAAAGAAGUACAACGUGGGUGUCAAGUGUGCUACCAUCACCCCUGACGAGAAGAGGGUUGAGGAGUUCAAGCUGAAGCAAAUGUGGAAAUCGCCAAACGGCACCAUCCGAAAUAUCCUGGGUGGCACUGUCUUCAGGGAGGCCAUUAUCUGCAAAAAUAUCCCCCGGCUGGUGAGCGGGUGGGUGAAACCCAUCAUCAUAGGUCGUCAUGCUUAUGGGGACCAAUACAGAGCAACCGAUUUUGUUGUUCCUGGGCCCGGAAGAGUAGAGAUAACCUACACACCGAGUGAUGGAUCCCAGAAAAGGACCUACCUAGUACAUAACUUUGAAGAGGGCGGCGGCGUGGCCAUGGGGAUGUACAAUCAAGACAAGUCCAUCGAAGAUUUUGCACACAGCUCUUUCCAGAUGGCUCUGUCUAAGAGCUGGCCCCUGUAUCUGAGCACCAAGAACACUAUUCUGAAGAAAUACGACGGACGUUUCAAAGACAUCUUUCAGGAGAUAUAUGACAAGCAGUACAGAUCCCAGUUUGAAGCCCAGAAGAUCUGGUAUGAGCAUAGGCUCAUCGAUGACAUGGUGGCCCAAGCUAUGAAGUCGGAGGGCGGCUUCAUCUGGGCCUGUAAGAACUACGACGGCGACGUGCAGUCAGACUCCGUGGCCCAAGGAUAUGGCUCUCUCGGCAUGAUGACCAGCGUGCUGGUUUGUCCAGAUGGCAAGACCGUGGAAGCAGAGGCUGCGCACGGCACCGUGACACGCCACUACCGCAUGUACCAGAAAGGACAGGAGACGUCCACCAACCCCAUUGCUUCCAUUUUUGCCUGGACCAGAGGGUUGGCCCACAGAGCCAAGCUCGAUAACAACAAAGAGCUCGGCUUCUUCGCAAAGGCCUUGGAAGACGUCUGCGUUGAGACCAUUGAGGCUGGCUUCAUGACCAAGGACUUGGCUGCUUGUAUUAAAGGUUUACCCAACGUGCAGCGUUCCGACUACCUGAAUACGUUUGAGUUCAUGGACAAGCUCGGAGAAAACUUGAAGAUAAAACUGGCGCAGGCCAAACUCUGAGGUCGCUCCCCGGCCGGGGCGGAUGAGGGCUGUGGCAGCCGGUCCACUGGUUUACAUCUUUCUGUGUAACACUCAAGGGUAAAGGCAGAAUCAAUUUUGUAUUUUGUUUAGAAGCCAGAGUUUAUCUUUUCUAUAAGUUUACAGCAUUUUUCUUGUGUACGGUUAUGCCACCUUCAUGGACAAGGCAGGGGACUUUUUAAAAUUUUACUUUAUUUUCUACUAGGAGCCUAGGAAUUACUUUAGUAAUCAUUUGUACUAAAUGUCACUUUUCUCAUGUUCGAUAUAAAUGACCAAAAUAAAGAAGGCUAGAAAGGGAAAGCUGUAGCCAGAGUGUUGUUCCCUAAGAUACGUGUAAAGCUGAGCUCGCUCCCUCCCUGCCCUCCGUGGCCCGGCACGGGGUGGUCUUGGUGUGACAGACGUCCCGUCAUGUGGGGGUGAGCUGUACUUCGACUUGGCAUGAUUUGGAAUGCAGAGCGUGGGUGUGGUUCAGACGUGUUGAAGACACAGCACUCGUUUUGUAAAGAGCUCCUGUUAAGUGUUUCCAAAAUGCUGAAUAGUUUUGAGGCCGCUGGAGGGUUUGGAACCCAGAGCAAAUACUCCCCAGGGGUUUGUCCCCUGUGUCUGCCACCGCGUCCUGGCCCCGUGUGCUCCGCGUGUUCCGUGCCCCCAGCAGCACGUCCCACCCAAGUGCAGUGACAAGCUGCUCCUCCUAGCCCUUCUGCCGGCCUGUUUUAUUUCCUUGAUGUAAAUAUGAUUUUCCAGAGGUUGAUUGUAAACACUGUGCUAGUCCUGUUCUCCACCUAAACUAUUGAUUUUAAUUAAAAUCAAGUGCCGACA